CGAAAUUCAUUUCGAAUAAAACGUCAUUGCGACAGACCUUGAAUAGAGGUUAAAUGCUUUGUUUUCAGAAUAGUUCGAAAUUGAAUAGUAAGUACAUUAUUGCAGAUAAGUCCAAGCAAAGUCCGAAAAUAGAAACGGAUCCGGAUAGUUUCCUUCUUUCUUCUUUAUCCCAACGUUUGCGAUUGAAUGACAAGUUUUUCAAGUUACGGGUUCAUUUGUUGAAUUAAUAAUACCUAACUAAAUGUUUCUACAGUCCAAUUAUCCACGUUAGGUACGCGAAACAAGAACAUUCCUCGUAAUACCUACACAUCCUAUCACAAAAUGUACGCCUAUUAGCGUACACACUUUCCUUCAUUCCAAAAGCGAGGAAAAUUCCUUUGCAUGUUAAUAACGGUAUUCGCCUCAAAAGGAGAAAUUUUUCAAAAGCGUUCGAUUUUAACAAACGCGGUACGCGACCGGAGCACAAUAGAGCUAAUAAUCGUUUCCUAACACGUAUAUUAGUCACGGAAAUUCGUUUAACUACUGAAAACAAUGUAGAACUUUCAUCUGUAGAAUCUAUGGGUUUCUAUUGCCGACUGUGUGUUAUACACCUUAUUUAUUUACGGGACGUCAAACUAGCCAGUUCAGUUCGAAAUUCAAAAUUAAAAAAGUAAGCCGUGCGCUGGCUGUUUUGUAGUUGCCUCGCGAUUUAAUAAGAAAAAGCGUGCGUCAUAUUCAAACUUACAAUAUAUUUUGAGGUUAAAAAUAACAAUGUUGAAAUCAAUGAUAAUUUUGUCUGCGUUACUGAUGUGUUGCUACUGUGAAGAUAAUUUGUUGAUAGAUGAAGCGAGGGCAAAAAAGAAGAAAAGUGUGGCUCGUCUCUGGAUAAUGGUCAUCCUCUUCAUCUUCUCAAAAGUGGCGGUCCUCAAGGUCGUCUCCGUGUUCCUGUUCAUGGCCUUCUUCCAGAAGUUCUGCUACAUCAUCGGCCUCCUAAUCAGCUACUUCAUGAAGAGCCGCGAGGCCAUGAAGCCUGUGACCUCCCCGUCUACCCUGUACGGACCCCCGGCUGACUAUAACACUAUAGGGUACAGCUACGGACCCCCUGAGAACGAACCGUUCACGAACUCUGAGAAUCCCAGUUCUGGGUUUCCGGAUUUGGGCAAUUUUAAUUGGCCAUUCAAAAGAAAUUAGAUUAUGUAUAUUGUUUUUAAGUAUUUAUUGUAUUAAAUAUAAGUUUUUA